UGUCUGUCCCGAAAAGCGUACAACAAAUCAGUGGAGUUAGAUUUACCAGGCGCGCGGCGGUGCACCUGUCUCGAAAGUAACUCACCUUCGCUUUACCUCGGAUUUACCUUUUCAUUCAAAAUGCGUCACUAAGUAUAGAGCCGACCAGUCGUAGCUGUGUUUUAACUUAACAAUAAUCAUGAAGAAGGGUCUGAAUUUGCUGGGUCGGAAGAACCGUUCUCUUUUCGAUACCAAUAUCAAAAUCAAGGACAUGGACAAUGUGGAGCUGGUGCUAGACUCAUCAGCGAUCCCAGAGUCGGGAACUGCCAGUGUGCGGGCCAGACCCACCGUCAAGCAUCAUUCCACAUCUGACAGUUUUCAAGGGUUUGCCGUCCCGACACCCAAAGUCCCCCUCCUCCCACCUACCAAUGGUCCAAAGACCAACGGCUCAAUUGGUGGACAUCACCUGUCCAAUGGAUCCGUUAUAUCUGUGCCCGACCUUGUGGAGGGGGACCUAUUUGUUCCUCCCCCUCCCUCAAUGGCGCCUCCACCCCCUCCACAGACUUUUGUCCCUCCUCCACCAGACUUCAUGGGCGACCUGAACACUCUAAAUUUGGCAAAACCGUCCUCACUGGCACGCUUAGUGGAUGAAGAAGACUUCACCUUCUUUAAACCACCACCAAUGGCUCCGCCAAAGCCUCCAUCUACUUGCUCUACUGGCUCUUUAUCAUCUGUACCCAUUUCUAGCCCCUUGCCAGCAAUCCUACCUGAGCACCCAACCUUUGCCCCACCUCAGCCUCCUUCUGAAAGGUCUCAUAAGAAACCACCCGCAAAACCCAUCAGACUGUCCUCUAUAUCCAACUUUGAUUCCCCACCACACACUCCGGCCCCACCUCCCCCUGUGCCGAAAGCAGCAGUGUCCAGUUUCAAUCCCCAAAACACAGCAAAGCUUUAUAAUGUUCCUCAGCCCUCAAUUCUCAGCGGAUAUCAGGAAAAGGACACAAAACCAAAGCAGGUGUUACUCCUGGAAGAUUCUGCAUCUGUUAACUCUGCUCAAGUGCCUGUUGAGGUGGAUGGGAAAUCCCCUAAAGUGGCUACACCAUCCAAACCAGUUCCCAAAGAAGUACAGGAACUGAAAGAGUCCUUAAACAUAACCCAACCCUCUUUAUCACGCCUGCCUGAGCCAAACAAGGAAGUUAAAACAGGGAUAGUUCUAACUAAGCCAGAAAUUGCCAAACCUCUCCAGCCUUCACCUCAGACAUCACCACAGCUUCAGAAACUAAACGUUUCUCAGGUGAAUUCAGAGACAGUCAAAGACAACCUUGUAGAGUCUUCAAGUCAAAGUCGUAAAUACAAAUACAGUCCGUUACUAGACCGUAAACUACGAAACCUGAAGAGUAAUGAAUCUAACGGGGGGCGAAAUGGACCUGUAGCCUCGCCACUGGCUCUUCUGAAGGCGGCUAAAGACAGAGAUAAACACAGAUCCAGUCACACUCUGUCACGUGAAAACAGCAGCAAGUCAAAUCAGGAGCCUAGUGCAAUCAUUCAACCAAGUGACUCGAGUCCGAGUUCCUUUAUCGUCAGCCCAAGGUCCAGCUCAACUUCUUCUCCAUCAUCUCCAGAAAGAAUGCAGGAGAGUUUAAGGUCUGUCAGUCCUGCGGUACAUAUGCAAACAAUUCAGGGUGCAGAAAAACCCAGCAGCCCGGCUCUGGUCAUGGAUCAAAAGUCAUCCAGCAGUUCAGCUCUCAAUAGGAUGGCUGCAUCCGCGAGUAGGACCAACCUGGUUGAACAGAAACAAAAUGCAGUGCAAACCCCUUCAAAGUCUCAAUCCACACUGCCUGAGGAGUUAAGUGUGCCACUACUCCCUCCACCGCCAGAGUUUGAUGACUUUGACGAGUGUAUGGAACCCCCUCCUUCCAUCCCUCCACCUGACCCUCCCAUGAAAAAGGCACCAAUACCAACACCAACACCAUUACCAAAAAUGAUCCCUCUACCUCUAUCUCAAGUUCCCCCUCCUCCUCCCCCUCCUCCAAAGGCCAAACCCCCAUCAGCUCCAAAACUCCCACCCCCUGACAUUGAUGCAAAGCCAAAGUGGCAAACCCAGACAAAACCGAAAGCUGUCCCUUCUCAGAUACCAUCUAAUCUUUCACCCAGCCAAGCCACACUCCUGAGCAUCUUACAAAAAAAGAUGUUGGAAAUGGACCACAAAAUGGCAUCAGUUAAUGACGCUGAGUCCAGUUCUGAUGACUGGGGUGGCCCCUUGCCUGAGGAGGACUAUAAGGUCCCUGUUGUGCCCAGAGUACCACAAAAGAGCAAUAGUCACCCUGUGGUCAACAAAGCACCAACCCUAAACAUGCAGGAGCUGGAGGGUAAAUUGGUCAAAAAAUAUCAGGAGACUUCCUCAAUGAAAGUUCCCACCAGCAAUGGAACACAGUCAAAACAUCAGUAUGGUAAGACCUUCACAGUCCGGCCUGGAACCAAACAGCCCAUUACCCUCGUCAGUAAAGGGGAGCCUUAACGAGAUGUGGUAAUGAGAUGGGGUUCUUCUGUUAAGCACAACUGCGUGUGAUUGGAUAAUGUGACCUUGCAUCACAAGGACUACAAUGGGGGGGAGCACUUUGAACAAAUGUAGUUUGCAAAUACACUAAGUAUGUUUUAUAACAAAAGUCUUCUCAGUUCUAAAUGUUCUCUAAAUGUAUUUCUCAAUUUGGAGAAUGCACUUUCAAUGUCAAAUAUUGUUUGCUGUUUUUGUAUUUUAUUUUUUUAAAGUAUCAGUAUGGAGGACCAUUAUUUUUGGCUGCUGCUGCUUAUUCUGUGUAGAUGUAUAUAUUCCAAACACAUAAAAUUGAAUUAGUACAACACGGUUAAAUUCAUAAGAAUAUCUUCAAAGUCUGACAGAUGUAUCUGUAAUCUUGAUUGUAUAAUACAAUAACAGACAGACUAAAUAGCGUGGUUCAUGCUGAAGUCACAUGUCCAAUAUCAGAAAUGUUCUUUCGCUGUUACAUGUACAAUAUGCUAGGUCCUCUGGAGUGAAGCAAACAGCUAAUUCAGACAAGUGUGUUUCAGUUGGAUUGUUUCUCAUAUUUAUUGAUCUAGGAAAUGUUUUUCCACCUUUGAGUUAUUUUACUGUAAAAUGUAAUGCAUCUAAACUCAUGCUGUAAAUAUAUCAGUUUAUAUGAUAUUACAACAGAACUUCAAAUGUGUAAGAAACAGUUGCAUGUAUAUGUUAAAGUUGUAUAAUCAAAGUAUUUAAAAUAGAGGUUAUAAAGUCUUAAAACAGCGAUGUUCAUCUAUUCCAAAAGUUGUCCAACAACUUACAGGGAAAUAAAUUCAAGCAUUAAUUGCA